AUGGCCAUGCAGAUCAGCUCAACACUUCCAGCCCAAAAUCUUCGCCUCUUUCAGACCAGACGUGCCAGCUUCAAACGCCAACAGUCUACGCUAAAACCCACUUCAACAAUAACUCAUUCUUUAAAAUCUGUUGGAUCAUCACCAACAUCAACCGAGUUAACUAAGAAACACUUAGCAAAUCUUGAAAAACUCCUCCAAAAACAAAUCCCGGAACCAAUUAACCAAACUGUCUCGCACCCGGCUCACGGAGUUUCUAAUAAUGGGUCGUUGGCAAAUAAUAGAGGAAAGAAUUUAUUGGAAGGCCUCAAUUUGACAAGAAUUUGGCCUGAAAUGAAAGCAGCUGAGGAAAUGUCACCUAGACAUCUAAACAGGCUUCAACGUUUGUUAUCCAAGACAGAGGAGUAUUCUCCGAGGAACCAUCUUGGUACUCGGUGGCGAGAGUACCACGGCAGCAAUGAUUGGAAGGGACUUCUUGAUCCACUUGAUGAGAAUCUCCGGCGAGAGGUGGUGAGAUAUGGAGAGUUUGUUCAAGCAGCUUACCAUGCUUUUCAUUCUAAUCCAGCCAUGUCGGCAGGGAAACCUCCGUUACCCCAACAGGUGUCACUUCCCGAUAGGUCCUACAGGGUGACGAAGAGUCUCUAUGCGACUUCCUCGGUUGGGUUGCCUAAGUGGGUGGACGACGUGGCACCGGAUCUUGGGUGGAUGACCCAACGUUCUAGUUGGAUCGGGUAUGUUGCAGUGUGCGAGGACCGGAGGGAGAUCCAACGGAUGGGAAGGAGGGACAUCGUUAUCGCAUUGCGUGGGACUUCUACAUGUCUUGAAUGGGCUGAAAAUAUGAGGGCCCAGUUGGUUGAAAUGCACGGAGAGGAGGACCCGACUGAAAUCCAACCAAAGGUGGAAUGUGGGUUCUUGAGCUUAUACAAAACUGGUGGGGUUAAUGUGCCUAGCCUAGCCGAGUCAGUGGUUCAAGAGGUGAAAAGGCUAAUGGAGCAAUACAAGGGUGAGACCUUGAGCAUUACAGUCACAGGACACAGCCUGGGUGCAGCCUUGGCCCUAUUAGUAGGUGAUGAAUUAAGUACAUGUGCACCACAAGUGCCACCAAUUGCAGUUUUUUCCUUUGGUGGUCCUCGUGUUGGAAACAAAGGGUUUGCGAACCAAAUUAAUGCCAAAAACGUUAAGGUGUUAAGAAUUGUGAAUGACCAAGAUGUUAUCACUAGGGUCCCAGGGAUACCUAUGGUGGAAGAUCUAAACCACAACAUGCCAAUGGCCUAUGCACAUGUUGGGACAGAAUUACGUGUAGAUACGAAGAUGUCACCGUAUCUGAAGCCCAACGCUGACGUGGCAUGUUGCCAUGACUUGGAGGCAUACCUUCACUUGGUUGAUGGGUUCAUGGCUUCAAACUGUCCGUUUAGAGCAAAUGCCAAGAGGAGUUUAGUUAAGUUGCUGAAUGAACAGGGGUCUAAUGUGAAGAGAUUGUACACAAAUAAGGCACAAGCGUUGAGUUUGAAUUUUGAAAGGCAAGGGCUAGCCGCUUCUGGCUGUUUGCCUAGUCCAUCUUGA